AAUUAACACAAACAUACAAAUAAUAUAUAGAUAUAAAAUAAUCACAUAAUAAUAAUAAUACUUUUUUUAUAGUUUCUUAAUAAAUUAUUUUUUAUUUUUAAUUUUAAAUAUAUUCCUAAAAUUUAAUAUUUAAAAAAUCGAACAGAUGGACCCAAUUAUAAAUUAUUAUAAAAUCAAAUUAAUUUUAAAUUCAGUUUCAAAUAUUUUUAGAAUUGCGUUUAAAGAAAGAUGGCAACAAGAUUUCAAUGUUGAAUGGAAAUUAGAUUUAGCAUAUUUAGUAAAAAGAAAGUAUACAAAUUUUAAAUCAUUAACCGAAGAGGAAAAGGCAAAUGUAUCAACAGGAAAUCUAAAUGGAUGGGAUUUAAAAUUACUUUGCGAAUUGUUAACAGGCAUACAAUACACCAAAAUUCCUAAAGAUAAAUUAGAUAACGAAAAUAAAAUUAUUCAACAGAUUAAAGAAAUAAAUGACAAGUUUUUAUUAUUAAAAAAUUAUAAAAUAGAUUUAAAUGAAUUUAAAAAUUUCAAAGACUUAUUAUUUGGUUUAAUAAAAGAAUUUUCAAAAGAGAACGAGAGUAUCAUUACAAAGAAUUCAAUAGAAUCAAUCUCCAGUAGAAUCGAUGAAAUACCAAAACCAAUAUCAUUGGCCUCAUCAAAUUCAUCAAUUGACAGUAACGAUAGUUCAUCCAAUCUAAUUGAUCUUGCAAAUGAGGAGUUUGAAAAUGAAAACUAUCAACGUUCUCUAGAUUAUUACAAUGAUGCAUUGCUUUUGAAGGGGUUUGGCGAUUACAAAAAGUCAUUAAUUCUAUGCAAAUUAUCACAGGUCAAUUUACGUUAUUAUCAAGCAAUGAUGUUGGAUGGAGAAUACAAUUAUUUAUUUUAUAUAAAGAAACAACAGCUUCAAGACUCAAAGAAGGAUGCAAUAUUGGCAUGUACACUAUGUCCAUUAAAUUUUGAAGGAUAUUAUCGUUUAGCUCAGUUAUUUUGCUAUAUGGGCGACUUAGAACUAUCUCUAGACUAUUUAAAUGCUGCUCUUACAAUUGACCCAUCGAAUGAUGAAAUUCGUCUUUUCAAGAAUCAAGUUAAAUCUAAAAUCGAUAGUAGAAUUAUAGAAAAAGAUGGCAAAAGAAAUUUUCAAAAGGAAGCACAAGAGUUUGUAGAGGCACACAAGUUUAAAGAUGUAUAUGAGGGUGAGGACCUUGAGUUGGAGCGUUAUACAGAGGGCAUCGAUAAAAUGGCGGAGCUUUAUCAACUACCAAAGCAACAUUUCAUCAACAUUGCAUGUUCAAGAGUGGCCGGUACCUUUUCGAAAAAGAAAGACUUUGAAACUGCAGCAAAAUAUUAUAGUCAUGCAGCACAUGGGGACUAUGCUAUUAAUUCUUACCGUUUGGGAUCACUCUAUGAAAGAGGUUUGGGUGUCGAAAAGAAUUUGGGUACAGCAUUGUCAUUAUACUUUGAAGCAUCAUUAAAACCAACUAAAUUUGAUAUACCAAGCAGCUUACCAGAGGAAAAUAGAGAAUUUAUGGAAAAAAAUGAAGGUGUAAUAUUAGCAUGUGUAACAUUAGGUCACAUUUUUUCAAAAGGUAUUGGUGCAGAGAUGGAUGCCGAUGCAGCAGCUUACUACUUUCAAAUAGGUGUAGAUCACAAUAAUGCAGAGGCUUUAUAUUCGCUUGCUCAAAUGUAUUUCUAUGGAAUGACAUCGGAUAAACAAAUCAAUAAGCCUUUGGCAAUUGAAUUACUUAAACGUGGUAUGGAUUUAGGUGAUCAAGACUGCACAAGAGAGUAUUACCAUUUCACAGGUACAAAACCACCCAAUAGAUUCACUGGUGAGGGUGUCAAUGCAUCAUUAAAAAAUUUUAUUUUAAUAGUUUCAACAGUCGUAAUUUUAACAGCUAUAAUAUCAAAAUUAAUAAUUGAUUAUUUUACAACUCAUUAUGGAAAAUAAAAAUUAAAAAAAAAUUUAAUAAAAAAAGGAACAAUUUUU